GGACGAGACGUGCCACAGCAGUGGAGUGUAGUGCUGUGUGUUCCAGCGGCAGAGCGGGCCGGCCGUGCGAGUACACCGCAGGUAGUGCAACAGUGUGCACAUUUGGUGAAGAUAUUUUGAGGGAAACGUUCUUUACGUGGCGUGAUACCUGUGUCCUCGCAUUAUGAGCUGCACAAGCGUUACUUGGUUCAUCCGCAUUUUUGUGGCAUUAGUCACAGUUACCAGCUACAGUGACGCAGACUCAAUUUCAGGAUCUGAUCCUGAAGUCACAGUCUACCGUUCAAGAGCCGACAAUCAAGAACCGCCGACAGCGGACCUGGCCCCCCUGCUGGACUCCGGGGUCGGCGCCGUGGUGUGGCUGGUGGCGGGCGAAACGCGCCUGGUGGCGCACAGGGCCGUCCUGGCUGCCCGGAGCCCAGUGCUGGCCGCCAUGUUGCGCGACGACACGCCGGAGGCCAGCAGCGGCCGGAUCAGCAUCUCGGACGUGGAGGGCCCGGUGCUGCGCCAGCUGGUGGCCUACAUGUACACCCUCCAGGCCCCCCAGCUGCCCGACGUGACCCCACAGCUGGCGGCCGCCGCUGACAGGUACGGCCUGCCCGCCCUGAAGGCAGUGUGCGAGCAGCAGCUGGCCGCGCAGCUCUCUGCGGGGACUGCGGCGGCUGCAGCUGUGCUCGCGGUUAGGUGCACCUCUGACAGCCUCAGGCAGACCGUCGCCGACUUCGUGAAGGCUCAUCUAUUCCACAUGAUGCCACACACGGUGCGCGCCAAGCUCCGAGAUGUGACUGAAGCGAGCCAUCAACACUCUGAUCCAUUUGCUGAAACGAGAUAA